GCGGGGCUCUCCAGCACAACUACGGCAGAGCCCGGACAUCUGGAACCAUGCUUUUCCUCUGGGCACUGGCAUUUGUUCUAGUUCUGCAGGAGCAAGGUCCUUUAGCUACUGCAGAUCCUGUCAGUAUGGUACCUGGAAGUUUGGAAAGAGAAAGCUGGUGUAAUGAACAUAUGCUCCACGAACGCUUAGAUAUUAUCGAAGAGAAGGUAAUAAAAACAGUGGAGCACCUAGAAUCAGAAGUCAAAUCACUCCUCAACAUCAUCAGUGAGACAACAUUGAACAUCCCCACCAUUCCAGGAACUCCACUUAUAGACAUUUUUGAUGAUACCAGCUGAGCAUUGUGAAGACAGAAGACAGCUGAAUGUAACAGUGUGGUUGUCAUAAACACCUGCCCUUCUGAUCAUUUGAUAAGCUUGUGUUUCCAGAAUUUGUGCAGGGUGAACAACCCUGAGCUGUAGUUUGUCUUCUGUGUUGCUGUGCUUUAUAAUAAA